AUGGCACGCGCCUUCAAAUUCUCAUUUCACGUCGGCGUCGUAACGGCCGCAAUCACCUACAUCUACUUGUCGACGGUGUUCGUCUUCGUCGACCGGUGGUUCGGGAUCUGGUCGUCUCCGGGAAUGUUUCACGUCACCGUUUUCACCUUUUUAGCUGCCAUGUGCGUCACCAGCUACCGCCGCGCUAUUUAUACCGAUCCGGGUCGGGUCCCGGACACUUUCAUGCCCGAUGUUGAGGAUUCCGGUAAUCCGAUCCACGAGAUCAAACGCAAGGUCCGUUAUUCGUGGCUUAUUUUCGUUCUCCAGUUGUAUACCUGCAUGCGAUCUUCGUUCCUUUUGGGCAGGCUCAAGCAGAACAAAUGUAAUGCUUGGCCAAUAGACAGGCUGAUUAUGAGGUGCCGUUUUUGUCGUUAUCGUGUUUUUCUUGUUUAUCCAUUGGAUGUUUAUUGCUUCAGGAGGUACUGCCAAAAGUGUGCACUCUAUAAGCCUCCUCGGGCCCAUCAUUGCCGCAUAUGUAAUCGAUGUGUACUGCGAAUGGAUCAUCAUUGUGUCUGGAUGAAUAACUGUGUGGGGCACGCAAAUUAUAAAAUCUUCUUUGUUUUCGUGCUUUAUGCGGUUAUCUCGUGCAUUUACUCUCUGGUAUUGCUUCUUGGUAGUGUAACAGUUGAUUCUCAGCAAGAUGCUGAAGAUUCUGACCAAAUCAUACAUGUUAUUUCAGGGUUAUUAUUGGUUCCUUUAAGUUUGGCACUGGGAUUUUUCCUUUGCUGGCAUGUAUAUCUCAUUGUACAGAACAAGACCACCAUUGAGUACCAUGAAGGUGUAAGAGCUAUGUGGCUGGCCGAAAAAGGAGGCCAACUCUAUUCUCAUCCUUAUGAUCUUGGUCCAUUUGAGAAUUUGAUAGAUAUUCUUGGUCCGAAAAUUCUCUGCUGGUUCUGGCCGACGUCAGGACAUAUUGGUUUGGGCCUUCGUUUUAGGACCAAGUACGACAAGCUGAUUGCAACACCCAACCCAGAUUAAUGUUCAAUAUUUCCAGUGAGAAUCAUGCUUCCCUUGGCAAAACAAACUGCAUUAAUCAGCUUUCAGAACGUGCACUUAUUUUGGGUAAUCCUGGUUUGGUUUGGUAAAUCUUUGUAUUAACCAUUGAUAGUCUUGAUUUCAUUUUCGAGCUUUUUUCCUGAUUACCAUUGUAGUAGUNCUU